GGUGCGAGGCGUGUCUCCUGCGUGCGGUGCGGGUCGGAGCUAGCCGCUUUCGCGCAGCUUCGGCGCAGAGCGUUGCGAUAGCGGAGCAGCUGCACUCGGGGAGAUGCUGCGGGUUCGGUGCCUGCGCGGCGGGAGCCGGGGAGCCGAGGCGGUGCAUUACAUCGGGUCUCGGCUUGGAAGAGUCUUUACAGGAUGGGUGCAGCGAACUUUCCAGAGCACCCAGGCUGCAGCAGCCUCCAGAAACUCCUUUGCUGCUGAUGACAAGGCCACAGAUCCUAUUCCUAAGGACUGCCCUGUCUCCUCCUAUAACGAAUGGGACCCACUUGAGGAGGUGAUUGUAGGCAGAGCUGAAAAUGCCUGUGUUCCACCAUUCACUGUGGAAGUUAAGGCUAACACAUAUGAGAGGUAUUGGCCAUUUUACCAGCAGCAUGGAGGCCAGUAUUUUCCCAAGGAGCAUUUGAAAAAGGCUGUUGCUGAAAUUGAAGAAAUGUGCAAUAUUUUGAAAAUGGAAGGAGUGACUGUUAAGAGGCCUGAUCCCAUUGAUUGGUCUUUCAAGUACAAAACACCAGAUUUUGAGUCUACAGGUUUGUAUGGUGCAAUGCCAAGAGACAUUCUGAUAGUAGUUGGAAAUGAAAUCAUUGAAGCUCCCAUGGCAUGGCGUGCACGCUUCUUUGAGUAUCGAGCAUACAGAUCAAUUAUCAAAGAUUAUUUCCAUCGUGGGGCUAAGUGGACAACUGCUCCUAAGCCCACAAUGGCUAAUGAGCUUUAUGACCAGGAUUAUCCAAUCUAUUCCGUAGAAGACAGACACAAAUUGGCUGCUCAGGGAAAAUUUGUGACGACUGAAUAUGAGCCAUGUUUUGAUGCUGCUGACUUUAUUCGAGCUGGAAGAGAUAUUUUUGCACAGAGAAGCCAGGUAACUAAUUACCUGGGCAUUGAGUGGAUGCGUAGGCAUCUUGCUCCGGACUAUAGAGUGCAUAUCAUCUCCUUUAAAGAUCCUAACCCAAUGCAUAUCGAUGCUACCUUCAAUAUCAUUGGGCCUGGUCUUGUGCUUUCCAACCCUGACCGGCCCUGUCAUCAGAUUGAACUUUUCAAGAAAGCAGGAUGGACUAUAGUUACUCCUCCAACUCCAGUCAUCCCAGAUGACCACCCACUCUGGAUGUCAUCCAAAUGGCUCUCCAUGAAUGUUUUAAUGCUGGAUGAAAAACGUGUUAUGGUAGAUGCCAAUGAAGUUCCAAUUCAAAAAAUGUUUGAAAAGCUGGGUAUUUCGACAAUUAAAGUUAAUAUUCGUAAUGCCAAUUCAUUGGGAGGAGGUUUCCAUUGUUGGACCUGUGAUGUCCGUCGACGUGGUACCCUGCAAUCCUACUUUGAUUAGAACUGGCCAGAUGAGUGUGGUGGUAGCUGCUUAGCUUGAAAUAAGUCUAGGAAGCUUAAGUGUAAGCUUCAUUCUACUGUUAAAACAAAUGCAUGAACUAGCUAUGUAGUGCUUUAAGCAAUCAUGUCCUUAACAGGAGUCUUGAACCUAGUUUAUUCUCACUGUCUUCCAUAUAAGGGAAAAAACUUAAUUGCUAAGUCUUUGGGCUGACUUUUUGAAGCACUUUGUUUCUACUCCUGAAGUCCUUGACUUCAAGUGUAAAAAGUUGACAAAGUGUUUCAAGGCAAAGGUUAGCUGCUAGAAUAACUUGGCCACUAAUAUUUAACCAUCUACCUCUGUUUAAUUUUCUAUCCAAAAGGCAGCUUGAAAUGAUAGCCCUGAAUUUAACAUUCUUUUUUUUCCUCAUUUAAGUAGUGUUUUUUGUCAUUUUUUUUCUAAGUAAGAAAAGUACCUAAGUACUCAGAUUUUAAAUAGUACCAGAUAACUGCCUCUUUUUCUAACAGUAUUUUUGGUUAAUUUUUUUUAUUUCUAUUUUUUUAAAGAUAAGCUAAACUAUGCAAACAUCAAAGAGAAUUCUCCAGGAAUUUUGUUAGUAUUUCCAUCUCAACAUUCAACAUUAAUGUUAUUUGCUUCUAAAAACAUUUUCAUAUGACUUACCUCAUUUCAAAUGAAAUAUUUUGUCCAUGUUUCCUGUUAUUUCUAAAGUUCUUACUUAUAGAAAUAUUAAAUGUAGCAAGAUAAAAUUAUAAUUUCUCAUCUCUAAUUUUUUUGAUAUGUACGGUAGCUAUACACUACUACAUCUGCAAGUUUCCUUUCUUUGGUAAGUUAAGAUUUGUUUACAAAAGUGCAAAUUCUUUAAAGCAUAGCUGAGAGAUAAGAGCAUUCAGUAAUUAAUGGAAAAAACUACAUGCAUAUGUAUGACCUGGCUUUAAUGUUGGAUAUUAGACAUGUAUUUUUAUGCUAAUAAAAAUGUUUGUGUUCAAAACAA